AUGGCCAACAGCUUUGCUCAAUAUCUUCGGGGGAACCAGAAUGCGCCUGGGGAACGUAAGCUGGUGAUGAAACUCGACUUCUUCAUUCUUACCUUUUGUUGUCUUAUGUAUUUUCUCAACUACCUUGAUCGGACGAACUUAAACAACGCAUAUGUUUCUGGCAUGAAGGAAGAAUUGAACUUCAAAGGAAACCAACUCAAUCAGAUCAACACUGUCUUCACCGUUGGUUAUACGAUUGGACAAGUACCCUGUAACAUUGCACUUUACUACGUCAAGCCCCGGUAUUUCUUUCCCGCAUGCAUGGUGGCUUGGGCCGGUUUGACUAUGGCUACCGCCGCUGCCCAAAAACCUCAGGAUAUCAUGGCUAUCCGCUUCUUCCAGGCGAUAUUUGAGUCAUCGACCUUUGUGGGAACCCACUACAUCCUAGGCUCGUGGUAUACAGGGUCAGAGUUAGGGAAGCGUUCGGGCAUCUUCACUGCGUCAGGCCUCGCUGGAACCAUGAUUGGCGGUUUUAUCCAAACGGGCAUUCACUCCAGCAUGAAUGGGCUUCGCGGACUCUCGGGUUGGCGCUGGUUGUUUGUGGUUGAUGGAAUCAUCACGCUUCCUGUCGCCUUGUACGGGUUCCUCCUCUUUCCCGAUACACCAAGAAAUACAAAAGCACCCUACUUAUCCGCAGAAGAGAAGGCGUUGGCAAUAUCGCGCGUGCCUGAAGUCUCGGAACGCACGCCAAUCUCCUGGACCUUCUUGAAGCAUUGUUUCUCUACAUGGUAUUGGUACUUCUUCGUUGUCCUCUGGAUUCUUGCAGGAGAGACCGAGUCUUUCAGCUCGAACGCUCUUCUACAACUGUACAUGAAGUCGCAUCCCACCAAGAAGUACGUGGUCUCCCAAGUCAACAACUAUCCCACUGGAGUGCCAGCAGUUGGUAUUGUUUCCACGUUGUUCUGGGCCACACUCACUGAUUUCUUGGGUGGCAAACGAUACCUUGUCGGAUACUGGAUCGGGCUCACGGGCGUCAUCACCAGUGCCUUGAUUCUUGCAUAUCCGCAGAACACAGCAAUUCACUUCGCAAUGUACUACUGGGCUGGUAGCGUAUAUGCCUGUCAAGCAACCUUCUUUGCGUGGGCAAACGAUGUGCUUCGUUACGAAGAAGACAGUCUGCGCGCUGUAGUCAUUGCCAGUAUGAAUAUGGGCAGUAAUGCAAUCAACGCAUGGUGGAGCAUCGUCUUCUACGGAGCGAACUUCGCACCUUACUUCACCAGGGGUAUGUGGGCUAUGAUUGCAGUCAGCAUUGCUAUGGCUCUCUGGACGGCAUUGCUUGUAUGGAUGCACUCCCGUGCUGAGAAGAGAAGACAGACAGAACACGCGACUGCGAUUGCGAAUGGUCUAACGUCUGCGCCGCAGAAAUAUUUGCAGAUGGACAAAUUCCUGGAAUCAUGA